GACAGUUGGUCAGUAGUCAAUAGUGUCAAAUCGCCAUUUGAUAGAUAAGUAAUGGUUUUAGGAAAAUAGUAUAUUGCACCAUAUUACUAAUUUAUUUUAUCGAUCCAAAGGGAUUAAUUAAGUGACAUUGUGAGUUUCCGUACGAAAAACAUUAUCAAAUUGCUGUAAUGAGUUACGGUGGAGGACCUUAUUCACAGGGACCGUAUAGUCAACAACCUCCUUAUCCAGGACAACAAGGAUAUCCGCCCUAUCCCCAGCAAGGUUAUCCUGGGGGCUACCCGGCUGGACCACCACCAGGUCAACCAGGUUUUAACGUACCUCCUCAACAACAACAGCCCUACGAAGCGCAAGACAUGUAUGGGGGAACAGAAACAGGUUACAAAGAACCAGAAAUGGCCGCUUUUGAAUUCAACGAUAGUUCCAUCAGAAGAGGGUUCAUAAGAAAAGUUUAUGCUAUUUUGAUGUGUCAAUUGGCCAUAAGCUUAUCAUUCAUUGCUUGGUUUGUGUACGAUAAGAAAACUACUCUCUAUGUGCAAAGUCAUAGCUGGCUAGUGAUCCUAGCCUUCGUCGCAACUUUCAUUACAUUAAUAGCUUUAUCCUGCUGUGGUGAUCUUAGAAGAAAAGCACCCCACAAUUUCAUCUUCCUUGGAAUAUUCACACUAGCCCAAUCUUUCAUUUUGGCCGUUAUCUCGUCAAAGUAUAAUACUGAUAUAGUUUUUAUGGCAGUAGGAAUAACUACUCUUAUAUGCCUUGGUCUAACUCUGUUUGCAUUUCAAACUAAAUAUGAUUUCACUAUGAUUGGAGGAUUCCUUUUGGUUUGCUGUUUGAUAUUAUUGAUGUUGGGACUUGUUGCUAUAUUUUUCCCAGGAAAAACAAUACGUAUGGUUUAUGCAUCAGUAGGAGCUCUUCUGUUCUCUGUUUAUCUUAUAUAUGAUACCCAGCUUAUGAUGGGAGGGGAACAUAAAUAUUCUAUAUCUCCGGAAGAAUAUGUAUUUGCUGCUUUGAACUUAUAUAUGGAUAUUAUUAACAUCUUCAUUUACAUCCUGACUAUCAUUGGUAAUGCUAAAGAUUAAUCUUUGUUUAAUGUUAUCGAUUAUUCUCUUUUAUAUAUGGUUGGAUUUGAGUUAAAUAUUGUAAGAAUAGUAUUCAUUUUGUAUAAUACUAGUCGUAAGUUUUUGAAAUGUUUUAAAUCCUUGAUAUGAUGUUGCUGAGCUUAUAUGUAUUCACCCAAUAACUAUGAAAUACAAUAUCUGUUACACUCUGUUCAAAUAAAAUUGUAAAUAAUA